AAGAUAUUUUACAUCUUUUUUUAAAUUGAUUUUUAGAGAGAGGGAGAGAAAAAACAGAUCAUUUGCCUCCCGAGCACUUCCACCAGGGAUUGAACCCGCAGCCUAAGUAUGUGCUCUGACAGGGAAUCAGAACCACAGCAUUUUGCUAUACAGGAGACACUCCAACCCAGCCGCCUGGCCAGGGCUACAUACUUUUUUGUAUUGUCUUAGAAAUUUGGUGUAUAUUUUACGCGUACAGUGCAUCUCAAUUUGGCCUGGCCACAUAAUCAAGGGCUCCUAGCCAUCUGUGGCUAAUCGGACAGCACAGUUCUAGGAUGUUCUCUUUCAGCCCUUAGCUAAAGUAGGGCUCAGCCCAGUUGUUUUAGGUGGGGACAGGGAACCUAAGUUGUCCCAGCAGAGCCAGGACUCAGAGCCAGAACCACUGUAAAGUCUGGGGGCUUUUGGAGCAAACCAUGCCUCCUUUUUCUACGUGUCAACCGCUGAAUUCCUCAAGAGCAAUUUGAUAUUGGAGUGGUUCAGAGCACAGGCCGAUGAGUCUUUUCCUGACUCUUUGAGCCCCCCUAAGCCUCAGUUUCCUCACCUGUAGGAUGGGGAUUCUAGGAGAUGCUGCAGGUAGACAGCCCCAUUAGGUUCUCAACAAUAAUGUUAACCAUUAACAUUACCACAUACCUUUGUUGUUCUGCGGCUGUUAACUUCUCGGGUGCUUUCUCCCUCUUAAGUCUUUUCUGCAGAGAUUUCUUCAGUGGACAGAAUUAUUGGAUCCUACAAAUUUGUUCAUUUCGAUUGGGAAAAUAGAGAAAUCGAGGCAAUUAUUGUUAACGAAUGAAGAUGCAUCUGUUCAUGACAUGGAGGACCAAAGGAUACGAGAAGCUUGGAAGAGAAGUCUGUCAACAGUGCAUUCUGACAACAGCAGACUGAUCCCCAGUCCUUUCCGACCCGCAGCUUUCCUGCCUUUCACCGCGCCCAUGGUAUUCUUGUCGCUGGUGUCAGUGAAAAGCCUAAAGUCCAUAAUUUUACCUCAGUUGUCUUUCUGCACCUACAGUACCGCGUUCAACAUCAUCAACGGAAACGCCAGUUACAAUCGUGGCCCAUAUGAGAGUGUAUUACUAGGGGCAGGAGUAAUCGCUUCUACAACCUUUUUUGGACUGUUCCCUCGUUUACUCCUAAUGAAAUAUGCACUGAAAAACGUUCUGCUGAGAGAAACCUUGCCUGUCGUCAUUCUCGCCAACGUCAGUGCACUGAAUGCUGCCGCAUCCCGAAGCUUUGAGCCUAUGCGAGGGAUUGAGGUCAUGGACAAAGAAGGCAAUGUCAUAGGCUAUUCCAGAAGAGCUGGGAGAAAGGCCGUUAAGGACACAGCAACAUCCAGAGUCGUGCUGUUUGGGACCUCAGCUUUGAUUCCUGAAGUCUUCUCGCACUUUUUUAAAAAGACCCCGUUGUUCACGCGAUACCCACAGUCCUUGUGGACCUUAAAGCUGUCUUGUACCAUCUUGGUAAUGGGACUGAUGGUGCCCGUUUCUUUUAGCAUGUUCCCGCAAAUUCAACAGAUACAGUGUAGUCAACUUGAACAGGAAAUUCAGUCUGCAACAGAAGAAACCGAACUCUUCUACAACAGAGGGGUGUAGGGGUGAGUUUUGGGUGAACUUGUUUGGUUCCCCUUGAAAACCUUCCUCUGGAGGUUUCAGUCUCAAGAACUGUGCCAGAGGUCUCCUGGAAACCCCGAGGUGUCUGCGCGGACAGGAUGGCUUAGUCGGUCACACGUGCCAAGACGGGUCAAGGCUGGUCAUGCCUGGGCUUUUUAGGCCUUGAUGGAAGACGCGAUAUGGGAGGCUGUCCUGUCUGCCCUUCCCCCCCGGGAUUGCUGAGGGCCUGGGUGAUGCUAAGAUUCAGUUUUCUGUUUGUCAUCCUGUGAAAGGACACUGUGAAAUUACUAAUAAACUUUUCUAAAGUUGAGUAUUUGAAAAAA